UCCCAUUAUGAGGAGGGUCUCAUAUUAGGACCCCGAUAUUUAUAUAGAAUUUUUUCAGGGGAGUUCUUCUAAACGUCGCAAACAAUGGAACAAGGGGCAAAUGGUGUUGACGAUUAAAGCAGUUCGAACUCAUGUCAUGGGUUACAAGACAGCGGCGAAACAUUUUCAAGUACCGAAAGGUACCCUUGAACGUUAUGUUAAAAUCAUUAAUUUUUCUCCUGAAGAACUCGUUCGUACAACACUUGGUAGAAAACCUGCUUUAGGAAAAGCUAUCGAGGAUGAGCUAGUUCGAUACUGUCUCGAUAUGGAUAAUAGGUUUUUUGGUCUGCGAAGAUCUGAUGUAAAACGCAUGGCCUUCGAGUUGGCAAUUGCUAAUAAUAUCCAGCACCCAUUUUCACAGGAAAAAGGCGUUGCAGGAAAAAAAUGGCUUAGAGGAUUUUUCAAACGUAAUCCCCAGCUGUCUGUUAGGUCACCUCAAGGCAUGUCCAAUGCCAGAAUACGGGGAUUCAAUCAAGAAAGCGUUGCUUCAUUCUUCGAUUGGUACGAAAAGGAAUUAUCGAAAAUCAAUUUUGCACCACAAAGGUUGUUUAACGUGGAUGAGACAGGGAUUAGUGUGGUGCAACAUAAAAGAAGUAAGGUCAUUUCUGCUAAAGGUAAAAAGCAAGUAGCAACACUUACAUCAGCUGAAAGGGGAGGCCUUAUUACAGUGGUGACAUGCAUGAAUGCCGUAGGAACUUACGUACCGCCUUUAAUUGUGUGGCCUAGAAAAAAUAUGAAAAUUGAAUUGAUGGACGGUGCGCCAACCGGUUCCAUUUACGCAUGUCACCCUUCUGGAUGGAUUCAAGCCGAAAUAUUUACACAAUGGUUUGACCAUUUUAUUAAAUUCACAAAGCCAACACCAUCAGAUCCUGUGUUAUUGGUGCUCGAUGGACACUACUCCCAUACGCGUAACAUAGACGUAAUAAAUAAAGCUAGAGAAAACCACGUAUCAAUUGUUUGCCUACCUCCCCACAGCACACAUCGCAUGCAACCGUUGGAUGUAGGAUUCACGGGGCCUCUGAAAACGUACUAUGCUCAGGAAAUUGAGACUUGGCUGCGAAACAACCCUGAUCGUAUUGUCACGCCAUUUAUCAUUGCAAGACUAUUUUCAGUUGCAUAUAACAGAGCAGCCACUAUGGAGGUUUCGGUGAACUCGUUUAGAACAACGGGACUAUUUCCGCUUAAUAGAAAUAUUUUCCGAAAUCAUGAUUUCUCAGUGUUCGAAGUUGAGGAGAAAUUAACAGUCCCUGAAGAUACUGUAAGUCGUCCUCCACCGGGAUCUUCCACAGAAUCUAGAAACAUUGAAUAUACUUCAGGAAAAUCAGAAGGUAUCAGUUGCAUUAAAACAGCUUUAGAUAAUCCCCGUCCAGGAACUUCCAAAGAUUCUAGCGAUAUUGAGGAUGCCGCAGAUGAUCCACGGCCGGGAAAUUCAAAAGAGUCCAAUGAUCAGGGGGCUGUAAAUAGUUCUCGUAAAGCCGUCAAAUACCUUUCAGAACCUACAAAGCUUGUCAGUCCAGUGCAGAUAAAACCUCUUCCCAAAAUAAAGAGCAAGAAGCCCAGUGCUCGUGCAGGCAGUGCAGCAUUGAUUACCUCAUCUCCUUACAAAGAUGAUUUAAUAGAAAGUUUGGAUAAGAAACUUACAAAGAAGGUUAAGUUUGACGAUGCAAGGGAAGCAAAGUUUCGCAAACCAAAAAGUACUAAACGGUUUAAAAAGAAGAGGGCCGAUUUAAGUGACAGCUCAACUGAUGAAAGCGAUGACUUGGGAGAAGUUGUUGUUGAUGAUGAGAGUGAUGGUGACGAAAAUUAUGACGCAGAAUGCCUCUUCUGCACAAGCAUGUAUUCUGCAGACAAGCAUGGUGAACAGUGGGUUAGGUGUACAGUGUGCUACAGAUGGGCCAUGAAGAUUGUGGUGCAGAAGAUCCUAUCUUUGUGUGCCAAUGUGUGA